AUGUCUGCCAGACGUCGCACGUCUGGCCGGUUGCAACGAGAUACUGUCAAAGGUAAACUAAAAAACACUGAUGACAGCUACCAGCAACACGAACGAGACAAACAUGACGGCGAACAUGAUGACAAGCUGGACGACAAGCAGGAUGAACAUCAAGAACCAGACCAUGAACAAGAUGAACACGACAAACAGCAUUCGAGGGAGGAUCUGCAAACAGGUCAUGAUGGGAAUCACGAUGAUGAUGACCUGAUGGAAUUGGACCGAACCCCGGGUGAGGAUACUCAACUUGAAGCAGACAAUGAACACCUUGAUCCAGCCGUCUUUAAUGUCCUUGAGCAACACCAAGCGAAAAAUGGACGGCACAAGGCUCCUUCACCCACCCAUCUAUUAAGUGCACUCACGUGCAUGUGCUGGCUCAAAGUCUCCCCGUCGAUACACACACCAAUGUACCUCAGCAUCCUUCUGCCCGCUACAAGUCUCUGCGUCCAAACAUAUCUUGUGCUUCCACCUGUGGACUGUCUCCUCGUCGGCACUCCCCGACUCAAUCAACCCUUAUUGGUCGCUCUAAAUCUCCACAUUCAAACUUUUCUCAUCCUUCCACCCGCAGACUAUCUCCUCAUUGUUCAACCACAUCAUCCAGUCGCAUACAACCCCCCUCUCGUGGGUGCUCCCUAUCAAGGGCUCUACCUAGCCAUGUUGCCCAAGCACCAAGCGGAGGGGACAAACAAACAAGCAAACCCCUUGAAGCUCGGAUUUUACCCGUCAUGUUGGCAGGCUUUCCUUCAGGCAGCAAAGUUGGAAAUGCACCUGCAGGCUGUACUAAUGCAUCCAGUUCCAGAGCAUUCUGACAUGGUAGGACUUGCACGGGAAGUCCUGGAUGCAGUGUUAUGGAAAUAUCACUCGAAGGACAUUAGGUUGGAGAAGGAUGUCGCGCUUGAGCUCAAGAAAGUUAUCAUCUCUAUUGCGAAACAACUAUGCAGCAUCUUCCUGAGAAGCAGCGUGCAUGGGGGCUCAGUGCAGAAACAUGUUACUGAAGCGGUGUCUAAACUGAUAAAGUCUGGUGACUACCUUCGGCUUCCUGACUCAUCCAAGGGCAAGUUCUCAAAGAUGGAUGUCAAGAUUUUUAAUAUGGCAACGGAAAAAGUGUUGAAGUUGACGGAGGAAUUUCAACGCUCAAUCCCUGUCAAUGGCCUUGUUCUCGUAGCCACAGUUUCUCUGCAGGCGAAGGGUGUUCUAACUGGGUUCCACGAAACCACUAUCCCUGAUCAUCAUCGAGAGCUUGAAGAUAUGCUGGAGGAAUGGGCCAAGUCUGGCAUGAUGAAUGGACUUUGCAAUGAUUCAGACGGCGGCUCAGCCGAAGAGGAUGUCAACAUUGUUAUCUAG